UCCACCUGCGGCUGGUUGGAAGAUCAGUUUCAUUUUCAUCUCUCUCCCCGCUUCUUUCUCCUCCACCUCAGCAGCAUGUCUGGCCAUGCAACCAACCUCCGGCUCAAGCUCCCGGCAAUAUGCUUCCUCCUCCAGCUCUUCACCAUCAUCCUCUUCGCUGUUUUCGUCCGCUACGAUGGAGAGACCAGCGCCAGGCUCUGGCACCAGGAACUGAGCCACCACAACAAAAGCAACCGGGACAACGAUUUUUACUUUCGCUACCCGAGUUUCCAGGAUGUCCACACCAUGAUCUUCAUCGGCUUUGGCUUCUUGAUGACCUUCCUGAAACGUUACGGGUUUGGCAGCGUAGCCUUCAACUUCCUGAUCGCGGCGUUCGCUAUCCAGUGGUCUACGUUGAUCCAAGGCUUUUUCCACUCUUUUCACGAUGGCAAGAUUCACAUCGGAAUAGAGAGCAUGAUCAAUGCCGAUUUCUGCUCCGGAGCCGUCCUGAUCUCCUUCGGAGCAGUGCUGGGCAAGACAAGCCCCGUCCAGCUGCUGUUGAUGGCCUUGUUUGAAGUCACACUCUUUGGUAUUAAUGAAUUCGUCCUGCUCAGCGUCAUUGGGGCAAAGGAUGCGGGGGGCUCCAUGACCAUCCACACCUUCGGGGCUUAUUUCGGAUUGAUGGUUUCGCGGGUCUUGUAUCGGCCCCAGCUGGACAAGAGCAGACAGAGGGAAGGCUCCGUGUACCACUCAGAUCUCUUUGCUAUGAUCGGAACAAUCUAUCUAUGGCUCUUCUGGCCAAGUUUCAACUCUGCCAUUACGGCUCAUGGCGACGACCAGCAGCGGACCGUCAUGAACACCUACUUCUCCCUGGCCGCUAGCACGCUGGCCACCUUUGCCACCUCAGCCCUCGUCAAUGGCGAAGGCAAACUGGACAUGGUCCAUAUUCAGAACGCAGCCUUAGCCGGCGGGGUCGUGGUCGGGACAUCAGGCGAGAUGAUGCUGACUCCGUUCGGUGCCAUGAUCGCCGGGUUUCUCGCUGGGCUCGUUUCUACCCUGGGCUUCAAAUUCCUCACACCCAUCCUGGACUCCAGACUAAAAAUACAGGACACAUGCGGGGUCCACAACCUCCACGGGAUGCCGGGCGUCCUGGGUGCUCUCCUGGGAGCUCUGGUGGCAGCCCUGGCAACGCAAGACGUCUACGGGGACGGGAUGGCCGAUGUGUUCCCUUUAAUCGCUGACGGAAGCCGGACGGCAACGUACCAGGGAACCUGCCAGUUCUUUGCAUUACUCAUCACGCUGGGGUUCGCUGUUGUCGGAGGAAGCCUCGUGGGAGCUACCUUGAAAAUCAGGUCGUUGGGGUCCCCUCCAGACACACAGUGCUUCGAGGAUCAGAUCUACUGGGAGGUCCCUGAGGAUCAUCAGGGCGGAUACUUGACGGCUGUGAACUCCGAGGACCCCGAAAGGAGUGCAAGCGUCUAAUGGGAUUUCCUUCUGCGUCGGCACACCUCAGCCUGCUAGCCACGUGGUUCAAGCCAUCCAGUAUAGGGGGAGAUUUCCCAAGCAUCUGCCGACCGCAAGGGGUCUUAGUGUGGACUUAGUCUGAAAGAGCCUCAUUUAGCCUGAGUUGUGGACAGAGGCUUAGCAGCUUGUGAUGGGAAGCCAGGCCACGGUCUCCACCCCAUCCCACCUCCUCUUGCAAGGAUCCACUUGGUGCAUUACAGCGACAUUCCCAUGCGGGUUCUGCCCGCGACAGGACUGUCCCUGCCCAUCUGCCCCAUGCCUGGAAUACGAAGCGAAUGGAAGCCAGGAUCAACAUUCCCAUUGGGGCUAACGCCCUCUUCACCCCCAUUCAGUCUCACUCGCUGUCCAGGCUCCUUUCGAGAGAAGACGACGCGUGGCAGUUUAGAGGCUAGACGGAGAGAUCUAGGUUCAGUUCCCAGCUCGGUCAGACACCCGGUGUGAGAUCAGGCCAGUCCUUUAGGCCCGGUGUACACA